UACUUUGGCGGGUUUGGGCUUUAAACCUCGCCAAUAAGUUUUAAAAGUAGUCCAGUUUAGCAACCCUGCCCGACAAGCGCAACCUCUGGAUUAAGUAGGCGGGGCAUCGUGUCCGCUGUGGGAUAUGAUUGGCGGUCGGAACCAACAUAUGCAGAGCCGCGCGUUCUCUGAGCAGGUUGUGUCGAUUAUUAAAAGACUCGCAGCUCUUUAGCUUUUACCACUUGUAUUCCUUUAUCUGUGUGACUCGUUUCUCAUCCAGAGCUACUCAUUUGGAUUUGGGUACUUCCUACAAGUGCCGUAGUAUUGCUGUCAUUGCCCUGCUCUACUGUUCUACAUGGAACGCUGCAUUCGGUGCAUCUAUACAGCGUGAGUGUUUUUGACAGCAGGGUAAUUUGAGUGGUGCUAAUUCAAUGAAACUGACAGACAUUGGCGUUUCUUAGGAUUCCGUACAAUAUGCUGCCCAGGCCUCACCAGUAUUGUCAAUUUCAACCUUUCCCGCUAUUCCAUAAGCGCAUUCUGCCGCUUUACGGGGUUUUGUUGAGCCCUUUGCGUCUUUUACAGGAUUGCGCCUAAUGUACUUAAUCACAGGAUGGCACCGAGGGAACGAAUAAACUCUCCAAUUUCUCUCCGUGAUUGCUGCCAGCUGACUUAGUUCCCAAAAUAACUUGGGUUCAUAUACCCCCAUAGGGAAUUUGUUCGAUAUUUCAUAUAAGCGGCAGCUGGAGCUGGUACCCGAUGCAGUCCCUCAAUAUCACCCCCGAGCAGUAUGCCAGGCUUCUGCAGGAAAAUAACGUGAUCAGGGAGCAGUUCAUUGAGUUGUACCAGCUGCAGCCUCUCCCGGAGCUUCCCUUCAGGACCAAAAUCACCUCUGUGUGCUGAUAUUUGUGCUGGCACUGUUUGGCAACUCUCUGGUUCUUUAUGUGGUGACCAGAAGCAAAGCAAUGAGGACUGUUACCAACAUCUUCAUCUGGUCUCUGGCUCUUAGUGAUCUGCGCAUUGCCUUCUUCUGCAUUCCCUUUACCAUGCUGCAGAACAUCUCCAACUGGCUGGGAGACACAGAGACAAAGAUCUACCUGCAGUUUGUGUGCGAUUCAGCCAUGAGAGGACACCCUGUGAAUUCUGGAAUUCCUGGAAAUUAUCCUGCACUGAGGAGACAUAUCAGAAGGCGGAAACCUCCCCGUCUGCUCCUUUGGUCUAUAUGUGGUGUCACCUGCUUUAUGUUUCUUGGUGCUGCUGCCUUGCUAGCUGUUGGAUACCUAAACCCUUUUGGAUCAGUUGGAUUGGCUAUUUUGGGUAUUGGAGCAGUCUUGUUUUUUGGAACCAUACUAUUUUUGGUGAUGAUUUGUCUAUGGGUGGAAAAGAAGUAUCCUGGGGUGCAGACAUUGUCUUUCAAAAUACCUUCCAGGAGGCCACCAAAACCAAAAACUGCUUAUGUGAAUCCAAAUAUCAGUGGACUUUCUCCUUCAGUGCCCACCAGGACAGACUAUACUAUAAACACUGAUUUACCUCCUUACACAAUAAACGUACCAAGAAAAGUCAAAUUUCCUUCAGUACCAGAGGAACAGAUAAUUAUUGAAGAAACUGAUAAAAACAUAAACAAUCCAUCUUCUACAUCUGACUCUCUUCUGGAUGAGACUGGUAAUCAGGGCACAACACUUGAAAAUAAUGUGGCUGAUUCUUCUCCACAAUUACUGGACAACUCUACUGUUAAUGAGGGAAAAUCCCAUCCUUUUGAAGAACACACUGGUACAGCAAAGAAACAGAACAAAAAAACACAUCAUGUGGAAGUACCAUUUGAAGACUAUCCCCCUUCUGCUAGCUCUAAGCCUGCUUCCCACAGAAGUAAAGAAUCAUUACCUAACAGAGAAGAACCCAAGCAAUUAGACGGCAGUGACAGGCCAGAAUAUGACUCUGGCAGUUGCAGAUCAAAAACAAGUGCACCAUUUCUUACGGAACCUGAACCUGGUGGUAGCCCAAAAAAGCAUGUUCUAGACUCUACCAAUAAAGCCUCUCCUCAAAUUCAAAAACUUGCAACAUGUAAUGAAACUGAGAAACAAGUUUUGCCUUCCAAAACUAAUUCUCCUAUGGUACCCAAUGCUGCAUGCCGACAGGAACAGGACUCAUCGUGUUCAGGAAAAAGCAGGUCUCCUCAGAAAGAUCAGAGACAUACAAGAGAGCCCCCAACUAAACAGAGAAAGUAUUUGCUAGUAAACCAAAUACUAAACAAACCAGAAACAUUCAGCGGCAAAGAGCAUGUAGCCUUACCAGUGGACAGCAAACGUGCAUCCCCUAAAACUCAAACUGAUAUAAACAGUUCUAGUUGCAGUAAACUUUCUUCUAAUUCUUCAAGUAGAAAAGAGGAAUCAUAUCAGGAAGAUGUUCGUAGUAAAGAAUGUAAAUCCCACAUAUCUAUGAAGGACAGAGUUUCUGUUAUAAAAUCCCAAAGUCCUAGAAACAUUGAAUACCAUAGUCUGCAGACAUCAGCUGAGAGAGCUCACCGUGUGUCAGAUCUCAGCUCAUCAACUGUUCCUUCUCAUGAUAAAAUGUUGGCUACUACUACUGAAAAAGCUAAAGAAGCUAUAAAGCAUCAAGGCUUGCCACAAUCUGAAAAACCUGAUCCUUCUUCAACUAAAACUGAAGAUGCUUCACAUAAAAAAUAUGAACAGGACCCUCAACAAAACUCAUCAUCUCAGUCCAAAGAAAGUGUAUCUUUAUCUGCAUCUUCACCACUGGCUGCUAAAAAUCAUCAGACAAAUAAAAAACAGCAAACCCAACAUAAGAUCCAACCAGUAACAAUACCUACCCCAGACUACCCCAGUGACUCUGACUCCUCCAGCAGUAGAAAACUGCAUCAGCAAGAAGUUCAGCAAACAGAUUGUAGGCAGAGAUCUUCACAAUCAAAGGAAGCAAGCCCUGCAAUUUCCAGAACUUCUUCCAACCAUAAGAAUAACUCAGAGCAUAGGACAAUAAAAAAAGAAGGUGAUAGUUAAAUUUUAAAAGGAUCCAGUUGGCAAUUUUCAGGGUAAAUUGCUAUCCAGGUAUGGGAUUAGGGUUAUUUGUAAUUUGGAUCACCAUGCCUAAAGUCUGCUAUAAAUCAUUUUAACAUUGAAUAAACCCAACAGGAUUUUUUUGCCACCAAUAUGGAUUUAUUCAGCAUAAGUCCCAUCAAGGUACUGUUUUAUUAUUACAGAGGAAAAGAAAUCAUUUUUAAUCAUUAAAAUAGGUUUUGGCAUUCCUGAAAUGUUGAGUUUUCUGGAUAAGGGAUCUCAUACCUUUAUUUUUCAUAUAUAAUUAAUACAAAAUUUUGCGAGCCUGUGAAGUUAACAAUGAUAAACAUUAAAUAACUAUUAUAUGUUUGUACCUCAACUUUUUUGAUAUAACUGGGGAUGUAAAUGAUCACGAUACAGGUGCUGGAUUUCUACUGUGUAAUUUCAUUUAUUAAGUUACUGAUAAUAUAUCAUUUCAGCACCAUGUCAGUUUAUUUGUGGCGAGUCCCGGGCUUCAUAAACAGUGAUGGAAUGUAGCUUGCUAAUCCUUGACUGAGCUUCAUUGUAUAGAGGCAUAUUAGAUGUGUGUUACCAGAAGCUGUGGUUUGAAUGUUCUGGUGCUAGUGAAACCUGAAUGACAUCUAUGGGGUAAUAAACAAUUUUCUCACACCCUUAUAAAGGCAACAAACUUCUGCAAAAAUAUUAUCAUUUGAUUUGUUCCCUAAAUUUCCCUCGCAGUUUUUUAUUUUAACCCCUUCUAAAUGAGGAUUCCUUUGAUCUUGCAGUUCUGCUCAUUGCCAGUAAUAACAUGACAAAGUACAGAUUAAAUAUAUCUAUAAUGAAUAAUGUACCUCCUAUUGUAAAAUAUACAGGUAUUAUAUGCCACCAAGGAGUCCAUAGCCAUAAAAUAGCCUAUGCUUACUAUGGAACGCUCAGGUGACUGCUAAUAUAUAAUGUUAAUGAAUUAUUAUAAUACACAAGUUUCAAUGAGCAAUGUGACUGAAAUUAGAUUACUAAGAACAGAUUAGUGAAUUUAGAAACUAUUUACAGAUUAUAACUGAUGAAACAUCCUUUCUAAGUAUAUAAUUUACAGAAUAUUUGUGGCUCUUGUGUAUAAUAUAUAUUUAUUUUUGUUAGAUAGGUGAAGAAAUUACAUUGACACUGGUAAAUACUAUUUAAAAAUGUAAAAAUUUGGAAUUUCAGACCUACAAUACAUUAUGUUACAAAUUAUUGUUUCUGUUUUUUAAUAAUAAAAACAACCCAACUCAUCUCCUGUUGUAUCAAAGGGGAUUCACAUGAAAUGCUAACACAGGGAAUUUCCUACAGAUCCUAACAUGAAAACCCUUGUGUGACCGGUGCCAAUUUCAAAAGAGUCAUGAUUUGAUUCUACAUAUUUAACAGACGAAAAAAUACUGCAGUCAAAAUGGCAUGAGCUCCCAUAAGCCUAACGUGCCAGUAACACUAAGAAAGAAAUCCUUAAGGGAGAAGUAAAUAUAAAAACUAAGUAAGCUUUAUCAAAAAGGUCUAUGUAAAUAAAGCCAUAAGCAUUCACAGAAACUCUAGAGUCCUCUAUCAAAAGAAACACAGGAUUUCUUGUCUUUUUUUUUUGUUAACAUAUUCUUAGGGUAUCUGACUUCCUCUCUCAGAAAAGUUAUUCAUUCCCAGGAGUCUGAGCAGUUCUCUCCUCUCUCCCCACUCCCAUAAGAAUUUAUAAAACUCACUCCCCCCACCCUUAGGAAUGUGUAAUCUGAGCUAUAACGGUUAGACUGCAAACAGGAAGCUAUUAACACCAAGCUAAAAUGGCAGCUGCAUUAGAGAAAGCUUCUAUGGCUCUUUCCUCAGGUAUGGUAAUGCUUUCUGCUGAAUAAAUAUAGCCUUCUAGGUGGCACUAAUGUGGCAAAUCUAUUGGCAGUAAAAUGCCAAAAUGACUUUCCUUCUCUUUUAAAGGGGUUGUUCACCUUAAAAUUUAACUUUUAGUAUGACAGGGUGCUUGAUAUUCCGAGGCAAUUUGCAAUUGGUCUACAUUAUUUUUUUUUUUUUUAGAAGAUUUAUCUGUUCAGCAGCUUUCCAGUUUGGAGUUUAAGCAUCUAACUGUUGCUAGGGUCCAAAUUACCCUAGCAACCAAGCAGUGAUUUCAAUGAGAGACUAAAAGCUGAAUAGGAAAGGGACUUGUGUUUGCCUGCUUGGGCCAGUGGCCCCCAUUUAAUGCUCGAAAGAGUUAGAAGAAAAAAGAAAAUAAUUUAAAAAAAUAUAAGAAAUAAAAAAUGAAGACCAACUGAAAAGUUGCUAAGAAUCAGCCAUUCUAUAACUGGUACUUACCAGCAUUUGUGCCAAUAAAAAAACCCAAGAGUGGUCCCGGGUUGCUGGUUUUUGCACUGAGAGCUGAUAAGGCCUGCACUUAGGGGGGGAGGUAAGGAUAGGACCCAGAUGUGAGCUGCACCUCCUUGCUUCGUCUUAGUUGCUUGUGUAAAUGAGUUGUGUAAAUGACACAACCCCAGCAGGGGUCUUAAAUUGUGACUGAAUGUGCUCUUUAAUACCAUAUCAUAUUAUUUUUAUGCUUUGUUCUAACUUAAAUGAGUUACAACAGUACCCUAUCCUAUAUAAAACAGGUUCAGGAAUACCAAGUCAUUUUAAUGUUUAUUUAUUUCUGCAGUGGAAGUACCUCUGAAUCUCCUUUAUAGAACAUGAAAAGAUCCCUAAUCCAUAGUUUCCAUAUUGCACUGUGACUUGCAUGUUCCACACUGUACUGUACUCAUCCUCAUAUAUACAUUUGUGUAACUCAGAGUUACUAACCCUUCAGUAUUAUAUAAAGAGCAAUUCAACUAUAUUGUACUGUAUGUUGCAAGAAAUACAUAUUUUGUAAUUGGCACUUUUCGUGCAUUUUAUGAGUUCAAUAAAACAUUUUUUUAAAGAGA